AUGGAUAAUCAUAACCUUUUUCAAUCAAAAUAAAGCUUUACUCCUUCUUCACCAUUAAAAACAAGGUAUUCAUUAAAUAUUAUUCUAGACCUCUGCCAAGUCCCUCUUUAGAUAGUCUUGAAGAAUUCAAUUUAAAUGACGUAGAAUCAGAUUCAUAAAGCUCAAGAAAAUCAUCUACUCAGAAAUUCGAUAAAUAAGUUUUAGUCAUAGAUUAUUUGAUUGAAAAGCUAAGAGACUAUGAAUGA